UGUUGGAGGCUGGUGUUGGAGGCUGGUGUUGGAGGCUGGUGUUGGAGGCGACGAGAGAUGACCGCACCGGCGCUCUUGCUGGUGAUGGCGGGUCUUUGUUCCUCCGUCACGAUCAUCCCUCUUGAGACCUCCGGGCCUCCAGAAGCGCCCCCUCCCAGGGUCAUGUCCCCCGAGCGACGCAGUAACCUCCGGCAGGAAUAUCUCCGAACUCUUCAUAACCAUAACUCCGACGGAAGGUCCUACUCCGACCGGAUCAAACCGUAUGAGGUCCGGAGACUUCUACGACCGUCAUGGGAUUCUCACGAAGGUCUUAGAACCCCUGCCGGUGCGACUUACCAUGAUAGCCACCAUGAGUCUUGGCAGGACGACUUUUCGGCUAGCGGUUAUGGAGGUCCCACGAGGGGAGCGGCGAAGAGGACCCCUCACUGCAAGAGACACAGUGAAGACAGACUCGGCCCUCAGGAUGUUCCCCUUACCUCAGAGGCUUCAGAAAUAUUAAUAGACGGAAACAGUGGAAGCUCUCGCGAUGAACACCGUAAAAGAUCGAAAUUCCAAAGGCUUCCAGGCGCUCCAGGGGCCUUAGUUGGGGCAUUUCGAAGAGCUCCGAAGCUUCACGAAGAUUCCCUGAGGUUCCAGAGGCUUAGAAUUGCACCAGAGGGUGUGGGAGAGGAGACGGAAGCAUUGUGGGUAAGGGAGAUGGUGGAGGCUGUGAUAGAGAGGGAGAUGAAUGGAUGCCAUCUGAUGCUGGUUCACGACGGAAGCCACACUCACCAAUUACUCCUAAAUCAUCUGCUCAUUUACCUGCCAAACUUGCGACAAGUGGUGGCGGCCCUCAGGGUGGAGGACCUGGCGGGGGCGGCGUGGACCUCGUCGUGUGAUGGGCGGGGCGCCUACGUCUUCCUCCUCCACCGGCCGGAGACUCUCAUCUCCUUCCUCAACACUGACGACGAUUGCUGGAACUACCAGGGAAGGUAUUUUGUGGUUGGUCUCCAGGUGGGCGACCUGGAGGCUGUCAGUAGGUCUAAGAAGGGCAAGAAGACACCGCACUUGGCUGGGGCAGUUAAGUCAGGUGUGGAGGGGGAGUGGCAGGUGUUCAUGAACCAGCUGUACUGGGGAGCAGGUCUGCGGCACAUCACCACCUGGCGCAGACACAGCUUCACGACACAGGUGGACCUCUUCCCCGACAAGGUCUCCGACUUGCGUGGCGCCCUCCUCAAGGUGGUAACGUUCGUGUGGGAGCCGAGUGUGUUCUACCAGCGGGCCGAGGACGGCGCUGUCCUCUUCCGCUACGGGACAGAUAUCCUUAUCACCGAGGCCUUGGGUCAGGUCAUGAACUUCACUAUACAGUACCAGGAGCCUCCCAACGGGGAGAUGUGGGGUCUGGUCUCCACCAACGGCACCCUGACCGGCCUCAGAGGCAAGCUGUCGAGAGACGAGGUGGACAUUGGCGUCGCUAACCUCUACCUCACGCUAAACCAGCGCGUCGGUACCGAGUUUUCCGCUCCGUACGACACGGAGUCCAACUGCUUCUUGAUAAGAUCCGAACCUCCACUUCCUCUGUGGCAAGCUCUGGCCUUCCCCUUCAACCCGUCUACCUGGCUCGCUGUCCUCUUCUGUCUACUCCUGUCAGGACCUGUCCUCUACCUUCUGGCUCGCGGCUCCGCUGCAUGCGGAGACGAGAUCCCAAACCUUCGAACCCUGGCCUCGUGUUUCACCUUCUCCUUGGCGACACUCUUGGGCAAGUCUGCGGCACGAGACCCGAGACCCACCUCCUCCAGGAUAGUGACCUUCUCCCUGUGGCUCUACGGGAUGAUUCUCACCAUCGUCUACUCCACCAACCUCACGGCCUACCUCCUCGUCAGCAGGAAGCCCUUCACCAUCGACACCUUCAAGGACCUGCAAGCCUCGGGACUUCGAGUCUUUGGUCUGGGGGACCUCUUCCAGUAUGAGCUGGCAGCUGCCAGUGACCCGUACUUGAAGGAACUCUCCAAGACGUAUGAGAGCCACAGCGCUCCGGAGCAGAUCUUUCCCAAGGUGCUGGGCGGUGAGGGCGUCCUACUGGAGAACCAUGGCUUCUUGGAGUUUUCGGCUACCACUCGCUUCGCCACCAGAGGGGCGUCCCGCGUUCGAAUCUUGAAGAACUGCUUCGCUCCCUACAAUAUCGCCAUGGGCCUCCAGGCGCACUCGCCGCUCAAGCCCAAGCUGGAUGUGGUCAUAGGCUGGGUCCAGCAGGCUGGACUCGUCAGACGGUUCUUCCUGGACUCCAUGAGGCUCGCCGCAGCCUCUAAGAAGUACAGAGAAGUGGAGGGGGGGCCGGCGGGCAGAGACGAGGGGGCGGUGACCCCUAUCACCCUGGACCACCUCCAGGGGGCCUUCCUGGUGGCUCUCGCUGGCCACGUCCUCUCUACCGUUGUUUUCAUCGUCGAGAAGUUAUUGAUUACCCCAAGGAGUGUCUGAUUGGUUCCUGAUUGACCUGAAGAGUGUCCGAUUGGUUCCUGAUUGGCCUGAAGAGUGUCUGAUUGGUUUCUGAUUGUUGCAAGGAGUGUCUAAUUAGCUGUUGCUGGCACAAUACUGGAUGGGGGGCGGUGUGUAGGACAAACAUAUUAAUUGUGACACUAGCUCUCCACAUAUGUCAGUUGCUUACUUUAGAAACUGUACUUGUGGUCGAUC